UAGCCCAAGCCCAAAGAAAGAGUCAGGCCCAAAAUAUUGUCCAACAAUUCCAAUAUAACCUACCGAUUCAGCAGGGUUUUGUCUCUAGGGUUUCAUCAUCAACACAGCGCGGCAGGAAGUUAAGCAUCACCAGCGGCCAUGGUUCUCAAGACCGAACUUUGUCGAUUCAGUGGUGCCAAGAUAUACCCAGGGAAAGGCAUCAGAUUUGUCCGGGCUGAUUCUCAGGUGUUUCUCUUUGCCAACUCAAAAUGCAAGAGGUAUUUCCACAACCGGCUGAAACCUUCGAAGCUUACCUGGACAGCCAUGUACAGGAAGCAGCAUAAGAAGGAUAUUGCUCAAGAGGCUGUGAAGAAAAGGAGACGUGCCACAAAGAAGCCCUACUCUAGGUCCAUUGUUGGUGCAACUUUGGAAGUCAUCCAGAAGAAGAGGGCCGAAAAGCCAGAAGUGCGUGAUGCUGCUAGAGAAGCUGCUCUCCGUGAAAUUAAGGAAAGGAUUAAGAAAACUAAGGACGAGAAGAAGGCCAAGAAGGCAGAAGUGUUGGCCAAGUCACAGAAGGCUCCAGGUAAGGGUAACGUUGCCAAGGGUCCUGCAUCCAAGGGUCCAAAGCUUGGCGGUGGCGGCGGGAAGCGUUGAUCACAUAUUUUGGUUUGUUUUGGUAUUUAAAUUGGCAAGUUUAUUAGAUAGGACAUGUGUUAAUUUGGAGUACUUCACGUGUUAUGAGAAGUUAUCUGUAUUAAUUGAUUAACUUGUUGUGGCCUUAGUUGGUUUUGGAAAAAGUUUUACAAUCGAGCAAUGCAGUUAUUUUUUGUUUGAGUUCUUUCA